AUGGAUUUUUGGUUAAAAGACGGAAUUGCCCCCGUCUCUCACACACUCUCUCUCUCUCCCGCGCGUCGCUCUCUCUCUCCUCUGGUUCGCGACCGUCACCACAGCCGGCGACGUUUUGGCCGGCCGUUCGCUCAUCCGGCCACCAAAGUUGACGGGGCCGGUACCAAAAUGACCGGGCCGCCGUCCUCUUCCUACCCCAGCCAGGUCUCGCCGUCAGCCGUCGAGAUUUCGCCGGAAAAUCGAAGAGAAAAGCUCGGUUUCGCCCGAAACUUCGCCGGCUUCGUUCUCCGUCGUCCGGCCACCGAUUCCGGCAACGUAGGCAACUCGAUUUACGAAUUGGGUUUCGGCCGGAUUUCGAGGGGAGAUUCCGGCCACUUCCGGUCAGUUUUUGGGGUACGUCCAAGAACAAAAGUGACUCCAAAUUAG